AUGGACCUCGAACUGCUCCUCAACGCUUCGGACGAGGACUCGUUCGAAGUCCCGGAGUCCCCCGGUGUCCGAUCUUUCCGGCAGCCUCGCCUGCGCUCCUCGGUUUCCCUCAUCCCGGCCUCUCGGCCCUCAUCCUCCGUCGACGACGGUAUCGUCGAGCCCUCGAUCCCCAGCGGCUCCAGGGGAAGGUCCCGUACUCGGCGUCCGAAGGAAGCUACUUAUUCCCGACGCUCACUCCAGCCUCGCUCGAGAUCCCGGAGCCCGCCCAAGAGGAGCAGCCACCGCGCGCAGCGCUCUCCUCGCCACCGGUGUACGGACCGCUCCUCGGCCCCAAACAUGUCCGAGUGGACCGUCGCUCGCUUAAAGCAUUUCCUCAGCCAAAAUAACAUUCCCUUCCACCGCACCGACAACAAGGCAAGACUGUUUCAAUUAUACACAAGCUCCCUGCAGGACAGCACUCUCUCCCGUCCAUCUUCCCACGAUCUUCCGGGUUCCCGACGUCGCGCGCGCGACGACGUCCGUGACGUCACGGCACGUCGCUCCGCCACACGCACACCUUCCUCCUCAGCAACCUCAGCCUCCCCAGUACAGUCUGCUUGUAACCCUAUGCAGGCUCUCUCUGCUCCACAGCCAUUUCCUCCUCCUACUUUCUCUUCAGCCGCACUCACAUCCCAUGCAUAUACAUUCCAUCACCCCAGCAUCCCUUCCUCCUCUCUGGCUCCUAUCUCAGCUGCUCCUCCACCCGCACCAACCACGGCAGCCGCUCAGACAGCACAAACAGCAGCGGGCCCCAGCAGUUCCACGAGUUACACCCAACCUGUUCCUCCCCUUUCUUCUUUUCACCCUCCCUGUCUCCUCCCCUACCCCCCGGCUCCCCACGACCCGCACUCUAGCAUUACCCGUACUACAGCACCUACACCUCCUUAUCCUACAGCCUUACACACGGCCAGCCUCGGCCUUUUCCUGGCUCCCACACCUCCAUCCAGCAGCUACACCCUGGCCACCGCCCAGCCACCAGUGCGCCCCCUAGCAUCCGCCCGGCCCUCCCCCGUGUCUCCCACCCUCAGGCAGCAGAUCCUAACCGGUAAUUACAUUGAUCUCGCUCAACUCAUUCACCCUACAUCAAUUAAUCCUCACAUCCCCAGGGAACUGCUCACCUCAUUCAGCCCCUCGGAACUUAAACAGCCACUUCCUGCUCGCUCCAAGGACCUCACAGUCGCCGAGUUCGCUUUUGCGUUCUCAUUGUAUAGAGACAUAAUUUGUUCAGCCUUCCCCGACCGCAGGUCCGAGCUCGAUGAUUACUUGUCAUUAAUUCUCGACCUGGCCUUGCGUUUCGGCGGCAACGGUUUCUAUACCUAUCAUAUCCUCUUCGCCUCCCAAGCCGCCGGUCGCCUCCAACAGUUCAACCAGGGCACGUACUGGGGAACAUUGGACCACGAGCUAUACUGCCAAGUUUUCGCAGCUCGCGCUUCUCUGCACUGCGAAACGUGCGGCGCCCCUUCCCAUCCCGCCGCAGCAUGCACCCUCUCCGCCCCCCUGCCCCGCGCCUCGGUAACAGACAAGCGAAGCCCAGCCAUGCCACACUACUUGCCAUCGGUGGCUCCCCCACCAUCCAUCACCCCCAAACCUGCCUUAGAUCACCCGUCCAUCCUCGGCCCCCUCCCCAAAGGCACGGACAGGAGAGGGAGACCUGUCCUCUACCAGGGAGGACGGAUGAUCUGCAAUAACUUCAACGACCUCAGUUGCAGCUCCUCCAGCUGCAAAUUCCUCCACACUUGUUCAUUCUGCGGGGGAGCCCACGCCAGAGCCGCAUGCCCACACAACCCGACAAAGCAACAGCUGUGUAAGCAUCUCAAUACCCCCGUUAACAUCAACGCCCUAGCCACCACCCUACAAAACCAUCCAGACACCCAGUUCGUCAACUUCCUCAUUCAGGGCUUCACUUACGGUUUCCAUCCGGGUCUGCAGGCCACGCCUGAGUCCACUCACAUAUGCAACAACUUGCAAUCAGCCCUGUCUGAACCCACCACAGUUGACAGACUACUGCAAAAAGAAGUUGAUGACACCUUCAUGAUUGGCCCUUUCUCCAGCCCCCCUUUCCCGUCUUUCAGAGUCAGCCCAAUCGGAGUGGCAACCAGGAGGUACUCUGGGAAAAAGAGGCUCAUCAUCGACCUCUCGUCCCCCCACGGUUCCACUGUUCCAAGCAUUAACAGCCUGAUUCCCAGCCUGGACUUUUCCAUGCAAUACGCCACCAUAGACCACGCCAUUUCCCUCAUCCGACUCGCGGGCCAGGGAGCAUGGUUGUCCAAGGCGGACAUCACAAGUGCUUUCAAAGUCCUCCCCAUCCACCCCGACUACUGGCACCUCUUCGGGGUCUCCUGGAAGGGCACAUACUAUUUUGCCGUGCGUCUAACCUUCGGCUGCAAGAGCAGCCCAAAAAUUUUCGACUCAUUGUCCGAAGCCCUCUGCUGGAUUCUUUCCAACAAUUAUAAACUCCCAUACGUCAUCCACCUACUUGACGACUUCCUCACGGUCACGCCACCGUCUUCGCCCCCGUCAUACGGUCUCACCACAAUGAUUUCCGCAUUCACUGAUCUCGGCGUUCCCCUGUCUCCAGAGAAAACAGAAGGCCCAAGCACAUCCUUGGAAUUCCUCGGCAUCACCCUCAACUCCAUUACACUCCAAGCAUCUCUGCCUACUGAGAAACUCCACCGCAUUUCUCUACUCAUUCAAAACUUUCUCAUGGCCAACACAUGCACCAAACGUCAAUUACUCUCUCUGCUGGGCCAUUUCAACUACACCACCCGCAUCAUCCCUCAGGGCCGAUCUUUCUUGUCACACCCUCUCUCCAUAGCCACCGCCGUCCCAUCCAUCCACGACCACGUCACGCUAGACAGCGCGUGCAAGAUGGAACUAAAAAUGUGGCACCAGUUCCUCUCUUCCUGGAAGGGCAUCUCCUUCUUUUACGACGUCCACGUUACAGACGCCAAUGACAUCCAGCUAUACACCGACGCCGCCCCUUCAGUCGGCUUCGGUGGUAACUACGGCGGCAGACGGUUCUCUGCCGAAUGGCCACCCGACUUCUCUUCCCUGGCCCCUUCCUCCACCAUUUCAGAAAUGUACCCGAUUGUCAUCGCUGCCAUUCUUUGGGGGCAUGAAUGGUCCAAAAAGACCAUCGCCAUCCACUCUGACAACAGCGCCGUCGUCGACAUCCUCAACAAAGGCCGGUCACACAAUCUGGACAUCAUGCAGUUCGUGCGCAAGCUCACGUUGGUUUCAGCCCAGCACCAGUUCAUCAUCCGAGCACUCCACAUUCCAGGCCACAAAAACGCAAUCGCCGAUUCACUCUCUCGUUUCAUGUUUCAGAAAUUCAGACAACUAGCUCCAGCCUCCAACCCUCUUCCAACUCCAGUCCCACCGUUUUCAGCCACAAUCUACAACUGAACCCGCAACUGGAACAACUGGUCACCACUUCACGGGACAACAUCAUCAACAGCGUCACCCCUCGAACACUAUCUCCAUACUUCACCGGCUGGAAUUCCUUUAAAACCUUUCACGUCUCCCACGGACUCCCAUUCCCUUCACCGGACAUUCUUACCCUCUCCUGCUUCAUUACAUUCUCCCACACUCAACUCAAGAUCAAGUCUUCCACCAUACAGACCUACCUCAGCGGAAUCAAUUUCCCGGAUUCCCGGAGCACCAUGCCCAGCCUCGUCCCACUCUCAUACCUACAUCCAUCACGACCCGGAUAACAUUAAGAAAUCCCAUUCUCGCCUCUCUGGUUGAAGUCUCUUUGGGGGCCUCGUACAGAUGCCAGAUCAUCGAGACAGCACCCCCACCCUGAGUCUCAACCCCUGUUCCCACUUACCUCCCCGACGUCGACGCAUCUCCUCCUUUCAUCUAUCACUCUCCUAUCCACUCCCUCCUUCCCCUCUUUCCCGCCUGCUCUUCUUUCUCCCCAUCCCUCGACCCUCAUCCCUUCGACCCCUACCCCCUCAUCCC